AUAUCAAUAGGUAACCGAUAAUAAUCUUGCAAAGGGAAAAAUGUGUAGAGGAAAGUUUAUCAUAUUAAUGAUACAAUAAUCAAUUUUUCUAAAACAACACCAAUGUUUAGAGAGGCUUUACCAUCCCGAGAAUAAAGACUGUUAUUUUUUGACUUUAUCUCCGAAAUGACAAGCAUAAAAGCUACAAAACCCUUUGAAUAAGGUUACAUACUGUUGCAUUUCCUAAAGCCCUUGGACGGCAUUGUCAAUAGAGUGUUCAAACCUUCGACAGUAAACUGGCUAACAGCUCUAUGUUAUCCUCCUCCCUCUGCUGCUGAUGUGAAGACUAACUGCCGACCGGUCCUGCUGGUAGUAAUGAGGCACUGGUUGGUCUCAGUCAAGUCAGAAACAUGGCUAAUUAGGCUUUUUUUGCUCUUACAUAGCAAUUCACUAUUAGCACAAGAUGCUCCAUAUGUAGAGGAAACGGGUCAUUUGGGCCACCUGCUGGCAGCAGAAGUGUGGCUUUAUACUAAGUAAUUUAGAAAUGCUUCACUUAAAGACUGUAACUGAUAGAAAAGUUUUGAAAUAGUGUUUUUAAUUGUGCUUGGCAUGAAAGCUUGGCUCCUCACACUCACAAUGUCAAGUUCCCCGAGUGUGAGCAACAAUCCAAAGCCUUUGGUAAUGGAAAGUGGAUGGUACAAAUUGAUUACCUGCUGCUGUCGUCAUUUUCCUUAUAAAGAAGAACUGUGGUCGUCAAGAUUAUGUGGAUUAUGUUCUACAGCGCUUAUUUGAGAGCUUCUCUAGUGAUCAAACACCUCGGUGCCCACCAGCUGCGGGAAAUUGUUAUAAACCAAACCUCUGAUAAAAUUAAUUCCAUUUCAGGUGGAGUGGUUUUCUUCCUGUCUGUUGUUAUUCAGAGGGGAUGUUACCUGGUCAAGAACAGGCUUUCAGGAUCCCAAACAUCUUUCUGAAAGGAUGACCAUCUGUGCUAAACUGUGUUGGAAAUGUGAAUUAUUAUUUAUAAUUUUUUCUGGUUUUGUAUCUGUGUAAAGUAGUUAUUGCCCCAUCAUUUUUAUCCACCAAAAAACGCCACUGAGGGGACGGGGAGGUGAAGUUUAUGUUCCAGUUGUUCAACUGGCAUUUGAUAAAUUGCUCAUACGGUCUUCCUUACUGGCAGGUCUUGUUGCGUUGAUGAUUGAGUAAAAUACAACCUCAUGUUUGUUCCAUUCUCUACGCUUAAGCAACUGCUCUGAACGCACUUUUUGGGUGGGCUGCCGAAUAUCCUGUAGAAACACUUUUAUGGAACGUUUAAUGAAGCCCUGAAGCUCAACAGACUGGUACUUACUGCAAGGUGCUUAUCAUGUUCUCGCAACAUCAUGGGUCUGAGUGCAGCUGGGAACAGAAAUUGCUGGUCACACCUGUACCUUCAUCUGUCAUUAGUAAGCUGCGUGGUUGGGGGCAGACAUGACAUUUCCAUUUCAAUGAGCAUGUGUAACAUCCAAAUGAACAUGGCCUCAGUGGCACUAACACAAUCCAUCUCUUGUCUCCACAGAUGCAGCAGCUCUUCUAUGAGAACUAUGAACCAAAUAAGAAGGGCUACAUACGAGACCUCCACAACAGCAAGAUCCAUCGAGCCAUCACCCUCCACCCCAACAAGAACCCUCCUUACCAGUAUCGCCUACACAGCUACAUGCUCAGCCGGAAGAUCGCACACCUGCGCCACAGAACCAUUCAGCUCCACCGGGAGAUAGUUCAGAUGGGACGCUACGGAGCGAAUGAGCCCAGCCGAGAGGACCUCCAGCUUGGCAUGCCACCUUCAUUUAUGCGCUUCCACCCACGGCAGAGAGAGGAGGUCCUGGAGUGGGAGUUCCUGACAGGGAAGUACCUGUUCUCAUCUUCUGACGGUCAGCCGCCCCGCCGCGGGAUGGAUUCCUCCCAAAGGCAAGCCCUGGAUGACAUCAUCAUGCAAGUGAUGGAGAUGAUCAAUGCCAAUGCCAAGACACGAGGGCGGGUCAUUGACUUCAAAGAAAUCCAGUAUGGCUACCGGAGAGUCAAUCCCUUAUACGGGGCAGAGUAUGUGCUCGAUCUGCUGCUGCUGUACAAGAAGCACAAAGGAAAGACCAUGACAGUUCCUGUGAGGAGGCAUGCCUACCUGCAGCAGACCUUCAGCCAGAUCCAGUUCAGAGAGGAGGGGGAGAUGGAUGCCAGAGCUCUUGCCAGCCAUAUCAACAAGGAUUCAGACUCUCUCUCAUUUCUGUCCAACUCCCUCAAGAUGCUGGUGCCCUUCAAGCUGGCCACCUCUGGCCAGGACCAGAGGGAACCAAAAGAGAAGAAAGUCAACAUCUUGGUACCUCUGUCUGGGCGCUAUGACAUCUUUGUGCAUUUCAUGUCUAACUUUGAACGAGUUUGUCUGAUCCCAAACCAGAACGUCAAGCUACUGAUCCUGCUCUUUAGCACAGACAACAACACAGAGCGGGUCAAGCAGGUGGAGCUGAUGAGGGAGUAUCACAUGAAGUAUCCUCGGGCCGAGAUGGAGAUAAAGCCCGUCACUGGCUCCUUCUCCAGAGCUCUGGCUUUGGAAGUGGGUUCCUUGCACUUCUCCAAUGAUUCACUGCUCUUCUACUGUGAUGUGGAUCUGCUCUUCACCAGUGACUUCCUCAAGCGAUGUCGGACCAAUACAGCUCUGGGAGAGCAAACCUACUUCCCCAUCAUCUUCAGCCAGUAUGACCCCAAGGUGGUGUACGCUGGGAAGGUCCCGAGCAACAACCACUACGUCUUUACCUCCAAGACUGGUCUGUGGAGGAACUACGGCUUUGGGAUCGUCUGUGUCUACAAGGGGGACUUGGUUCAAGCUGGAGGCUUUGAUACCUCUAUACAGGGGUGGGGAUUGGAGGACGUGGACCUUUUUAAUAAAUUUGUCCAGUCAGGGAUUAAGUUGUUCAGAAGCACAGACACAGGGAUAGUGCACGUUCACCACCCCGUCAUAUGUGACCCAAACCUGGAGGCAAAGCAAUAUAAGAUGUGUCUGGGCUCCAAGGCCUCGUCGCACGGCUCCACCCAGCAGCUGGCCGAGCUCUGGCUGGAGAAGAACGACCACGGCUUCAGGAGACUGGCCAGCAAUAACGGCUCAGUUAGGACAGCGUGAAAAGCCGGGCUGCAGACUGUCAUAGACUGAAAAGUGAACCCGGUCUGUGCUCACUUCUCACUGCGUGGUGUUUUCACUACCUAAUUUAUUUUUUACUGAAACUAAAGACUUCACAUGGAUAUAUUUUGAAAAUAUGUCUUUUUUUUAAAAGAAAAUAUAAAGAAACACCGCCAUGAACAAGUCAUAGAGACAGUCUGGCUUCUAGUACGGAAUUACAUAAUUGAUUAAUGAUCAAAGAAUUAUUUUGUGAGCCUGAUUACAACAAGGGCCCGAGGCCCCUCUGGCCUGUUACCUGGUAUCUGUCAGGCAGGUGUGCCUAAUGGAGCACACCGUCAUGGUCCUUGAAUCCAUUGGUCUUGUGUGCAGAAAACCGACUGGUGUCCAUGUACUCUCAGACCAUCAGUGCUCCAAAUAGAACUCAACUCUUGAUUGUGAAUGUUUACAAAAGACUGAUUGUCAACAACAUUUUAUCAAUGACAAAACUCAGAUCACAGCUAUCUCAGCGGCCGUGGUUCCGCUCGUCUGUUCAAUGUGACUUUUGUCAUCCCAUCACACCCGGACGCAUUAACUUGUCAAGUCUGUACACUCUGAGAUCGGAUCUUGCUCUCAUUGGAAUCCCAUCAGCCAGACCACGUGCUGAGGUGGCCUGGCUCGCAUUGACUUCAGAUGUUAGUGUGUGUGGACAGCAAGUGGACCCACUCUAGACAGUUUAUCAAAUGUAGGUCUCCACAUCAUCUCCCGAGGAGAGAUGAGGAAGAGAGGAGAACCAGGCUGGAGCCCAGCUGAGACCUGCUGUCUGAGUCCUGUUAACUUACUGCUGAUGAAAACACGUUUCCUGAAGUCUCCUAUUACUGUAGGGAGGAAGAGUAAGCAGCAGAAAUAGCAGGGGACUUUUAUUGUGAAGAAUUUGCAGGAAAUGAAAUGUUUUAUUCAUCGUUCUAGAGCCGCCCCUUUGACCACAAAAUGUAUCCGAUCAGAUCAGGCAGGUCACACUGAAGUGUGGACACACAUGUGGACACAGCUGAGUUGACCUGGUGCAUCCGAUGACAAAAGUCACAUUGAUACCACGGCCUAUGAUUUCUAAGGGCCGGCCAUUACAUACUUCCAUUCACAGUGGUUUUCUUCCAUUAGCUUUUAUGGUUUUGGUAAUAUGACACAACACUGUUAUUGUUUCUCCUAGAUUUAUUCAUUUUAAUUUUUGAUUUCUGUGAACCCAACUGCUGGAUUUUAUAUCUGCAACUGAUCUUUUGCUGUCUUAUUUAUUGAAUUUGGAGGCUUCACUUAUACUCUCUGACUGUUGAGCUGUGUAUAAUGAAAAGAUUGUAUCACCAUGUCAGAUGUGGGAUGGUGUUUUUUUUCAUGUUACUUUUCUUAAACUCAUUAUCACCAAAGAGUUUUGCACAGUCUGCUUUAGGUAUCAUG